GAGAGGAUAGCGUAAUUGUAUCAUCUUUAUAUAUUAUUAAGCUUAAGCUUAGGACGUGGGCGGUAUCAAAACAUUGAGUACGUUUCGUAAGUUGACGGACUAUUUACUGUUUAUAUUGACUUAAAAUUAAAGACAUAUGGAUAGUUAUUAAUAAAUAUUGAUGUUAAGUGAAAGGCAGUAGUGAAAUUAAACAAAUACGUUUAAUAUUUCCUAUUUAUUGACUGAAGUGUUAUUUAUUAAUCGUCGGAAAAAUGACAGCAUCCACGAUGAUCGAGCUGGAAUCCUGGUUAAUCUACCAGUGUGUUCUGAAUGAGUGCCAUGUCUCCAGCACAUGAGCAGGACAGUUUUUUGCCACGACUUUUUUUUAAGUUUUCUUCAUGGUAGCCACUUCGAUGGAGGGCGGCGCGUGGUGCGCCCGCGACAUCUCUCUGCGUGCGCAGAAGAAGUUCCUCUCGCGAGUGGGGGGCGCUGCGAGCGCGCGCUCCUUGGUUCUUGACGAACACGCGGCCAAACUGCUGGACCAGUUCUUAACCGUAUUACGCGAGCGUGUGGAGAAGCGAGAGGCUGAAAAGCUGGUCAAGCACGUUAUCAAAGCUGCAGUGAAGCUGGGUGUGCUGCGGCGGCACGGACAGCUGUCGGCUGCGGAUGAAAGAGCCCUGGGUGCAUUUCGUUCUAAAUUUCACACCGUAUUGAUGGCGGUGGUAUCAUUCUGCGAGGUGGACUUUUCAUACGAUCGAGGAUUUCUUCAGGAUGCUCUGCGAGAAUCACAUCAAUCACUCAAGUCCGUGGUCGAGCGCCACUUAUCGGACAAGUCAGUUUCACGACUGGCGGGAGUAUUCGCACUUGCCUCCAGAGGUGAGCUUCUGGAUUCCUUAUUUGCCGGACAGAUAGACGAUGACGUGAUCAAACUAACCAGGAUGCUUCGGAAAGAACUAGACAGGGGACUGCUAUAAUCCAGCAAAUUGAAAACACAUGUGCCGUCCUACUCUCUGCUCUGCUCACAGACCAUCUUCUAAAGUCUCCUAAGACUAACAAUCUUGGAACGCCUCGACAAUGGGAUCACAUAAUCGUUAUCUCCAUAAAUGGGGACUUGAUUCAUAAGUAAAAAUUUUAAAUAUUGUUGCACUUAUAUUUAUUUGCAGUUUGCAAUCGCACAUUGUAGAUUUCCAUCAGCUGUAGUUGGAUAUCCAAUGGGUAGGAAAGUAUUUGCGCUCAUUCAACUAUUAUUGAUGCGAGAAAUUUAGGUUAAAAGCGAUUAAAAUGUUGGACUAUGAGAGCGUAGUGUUGGUAGCUGUUGUAUUGAGUUUGACAUCACUAACAGCAAUCAAUCGCUCAUUUAUUUCGAGAGCUCUCUAUAAUUUUCGUUGCGUUGUAAUCAACAGAAGUUUAGACAAGUAAGACUGUUAUGAAUACUCAACAAAGACCUUUUUAUUAUUUAUUUACUCUAUCUGUUAACGCACUAGUAUUAUCGGCUUAAAGUUUAGUCGAUUUGGCAAAUAUGAUGGAAAUGACAUAACGCGCAUUUAUCAAUUAUUAUUAUAAAUUUGAAAUGAUUUGGGUUUUAACCACUAUUUGAUAUAAUGGAAUUGGAUAUAAUUCGUUGGACAUUCUGCCUGGAAAUAAGCAUUUAGAUAUUUUCAACCAAUAAUAAAGUUUAGUUCCUUAUUGAUAUAACAUGGUAGAAGAGAACAAGCUGGUCUGAAAUAUGCCCCAACAAAGAUAAAGCCAUAGGCCGAUAAAAAGUUUUCUUCGAAUUCACUAGCUGUUGACGAUUUAAAAGAGACUUACGAAGAAACUAUUCAGCCGUUAAUACUUUUCUUGUAAUUAAGAACAAGUCUUAGAUAUAAAAGAUUAUCAGUCUUCAUAAUUAAUCGACAAUUUUAAAAUGUUACAUGUGUCGCUUUUUGAAGUCUAUUUAUAGACGUAAUUUUAUCUUUCAAUGGAAAAAGGAUGAAUGAGAAUUGAAAACAAAACCGUAAUUGCCGCAUUUUGCCUACAAUUAAAAUAAUGCCUAAACUUUAUAAUGCGAUAUAAAAGAGACUUUUAACACUCAAUGCAAUUUUAAGAAUAUUACUAAAAAAAUAAUACACAAUUUAAAUACGAUAUAAUACCAUAGUCAAUUUAAAAACAAAAAUUUAAAAAAAAAUAGAAAACAUUUAAAAUUUAAAGUCAACUAUAUUAUAAAAACUAUAUUACAUGGUCGAUCCUAAUUAGAUUACUACUCUAUUGAACGAUAUCGAAGCGUUUAACACUCCCGAUUAAAACAUUCCACUCAAACCACUAAUUGCGUAUGUACCUAAAAUAGAAUUAAGUAAUUAAAUAUUUCAUGCAGUAAAUAUUUACAGAGAUUAAACAAGGAAAAACAUGUAAUUUUGCCUUAUCCUCAAAUAACAGAAUGUCUUGCAGACAAAACAUAAACGGUUUGUCCUUAAUUGAAUAAUAUGUAUAUAAAUAUAUUGAUUGCGUCAUUUAUUUUUAAUUUUCAUUAAUUUUAUGCUAUCUUUUUAGGUUAUAAUUACAAUUGAAUUGCUAAUGUGAAUGAGAACAUAUUUACGUUCAUCUAUACAGAUUAAUAAUCGAAUCAAUGAAUUAUUCCUAUCGAAUCCCGACAAUGUAUUUGUCAAUAUGAAAACCGUCUUAAAAUUGCAUUGUAGUUGUGAGCUUGACUACGCCGCGACUAAGAUCUUGCCUCAUUUUAGUCGAUCGAUAUAAUUUUAGUGUUUAUAAUUAAAUUUUAAAAUCAUGUAAAUAUAACUUAGCAUUAUAUGAUAUUUGUACAUUGAAUGGUUAGUGGUGUAAGGCAAUCUUUACCGUUACCAAUAUUUUCUAAAAUUAAUUUACUGAUAAGCAAUUUAUACAAUAAAUUAUUUCUCACCUAAGUUCAGUUCGUAAGUUUGACAAAUAUUUUGUAAUAGCAUUUUUUUGUUUGUCUUUAUAUUUUUUAUUUAAAUGUUUUAUUGCCAACAGAUCAAUAAUAAAAAAUAAUUAAUUCAAAAUGUUUACGUUUAAAAUGUUAUGUACUUAUAAUACUUUUUUCACUAUUUUGUUAUCAAUGUUUGUUGUUAAAAUUACUUCAAUAAAUUUAAAGCCUCUCGUUAUAUGUAAAUGAAUAAUAAUUGUAUUUUCAAAUUUACAUAAAUUUUACAUGUUUAUAAUAUAUUCGUAAUAACAGAUCUAAAAUGCUUUUAUAAAAGACAUUUAAACUUAAAAAUAUAUUUCUGAACGUUUCGUUUUAAUUUAUUUAGAUUAUAUUCAAGAAAAGAACUUAAAAUUAUUUUAAGACGUGUUAUUAAAUAACUAACAAAUAAUUAAUACAUGACAAUUCGGACCAAAAUUUUUAAUACCUAGAGCGGUUCAAACAUAUCUGAACUUUCGUCAUAUCUCUCUAAUUAGCAAUAAACUAAUUAAGUUUUAGUUUAUGAACACUUUAUAUUCUAGUAGCGGUAGCCAUAUUUUCACGUUUGCACAAAACUUGCCACGUAGUUACGGCACAUUGAGCACCGGUCAUGAGCCAAUAUGACCGGGGAAUUGAAUCAAUCUUUGGUUCAUAAUUCACAUUAAUGUGAUCUCGUUUUAAUACUUAUAAUAGAUACGACUUUUACAAUUGUCGGAAACUUAAAUAUACAAUUUUUUUUCAAUGAUUAAGAAUUUUUUAUUAUUUCGAGUGAAACCUUUUUGGGUCAGAAACAAUACACCCAAAAGUUACUUAAAAAAUUUUUGAGCUCAAAUUUGGGCUUAUAAUUUGAAAACAAUACAAAUAGUAUAUUACUAUGAACCUGUUUUUUCAACUAUGAAUUGCAUAUUUUAUAUAAUCGUCAGCUAGAUGGAAAUCAAAGAGACGUCCUUUGAGAAAGAGUUGUAUUAAAAUGACAAUAUGAUUGUGUAAUUUGUAAAAAAUAUAGCUUUUUAUAAUUCGCGACGGUUCUCUUGAUGAUGUUUUAUUUGAGUAUAAUAUUAUAAUGUAAUUAGAUGUUUUACAUGUUUAUGUAAUUAUCUCGAUUUAUUGAUGGAUUUGUGUGACCAUAUCAAAAUUUUAGUGGGAAUAUGUCGCUUCUAGCUAACGUUAAAAAACAUGAAAAUAUUAGCGUAUUUAAUUUAGGGUGUAAAUUUAGCUACGUGUAAUGUCACUCACUGCCCUAUGUUUCGUUAGGAAAAAAUGCAAAUAUCAAAAUGUGUAACAAAGUUUUUUAUUUUAAUAAUCUUCGCUUGUUAUAUGUGUAUUUAAAAUGGUUUGUAAUAUAUAUUAUUAAAUAGUCCAGAGUUCGAUUAAAUUUUAAAGGCCAACGGCCGUACUUAUAAUCGUUGAUUAGCGGGUGAUUAGUCAAACAGUUUAUCUCUUUCUAUUAUGAUAGAUUUGACAUUCGAAAGAAGAAGACACAGCAUUGUUUCACUAAUCAUCUCCUAAACCACAUUUAUAGGUGAAGCCGCUAAUUUUCAAUGCACAUUUCGAUGAACAAGUAAUAAUUUUUAAAUACUAUUUAAUAAGCUAUUGUUAUUGAUAAGUAAUGUGGAAGAUAGUUAUUUUGCUUCGCUGUAAUUUAUUACUACAAAAUAAAUAAAUUAUGUAAUUUGAUGGAUAAGAUCUCACUCGUAUCUCGUUUGAUUCACGAUAGCUACUCGAUGAAAUAACUGUUAACGUAUAUUUUCAAAUUUGCUAAGCCAUGUUAUAUGUAUUAAGAUUUGAUAUCAAAUAUACAAUUGAUAAAUAA